GUGUUUGCCAACAGUAUCUCCUGCAUCAAACGCCUCUCUGGGCUCCUCAAAGUCCUGGAUAUCAUGCCACUGACCCUACAUGCCUGCAUGCACCAGAAGCAGAGGCUCAGAAACCUGGAGCAGUUUGCCCAUCUGGAGGAAUACAUUAUUACAUUCAUUCACUUGUAACAUCCUUGAGAAGAAGAAUAGAGUCAUGGUUAAGAGCACAGACUGGAAGCGGACUGCUUGAGAUCAAAUCCUGGCUGUGUCACUUCUAGCUGUUGUGUUCUCCUGGCAACAGAUGUGGCAGCUCGGGGCCUGGAUAUUCCUAAAGUCCAGCAUGUCAUCCAUUACCAGGGCUGCUGUCACUGUGACCAGAGAAAGAUAGUGGUGUCCUUGGCUCUGCACCUAGUGUUCCCACACUGCCUCCAAGAUGUCAGCUAAAGCCAUAGAGGGCGGGGGAGGAGAUGCCACUGACCCCUUCCGGCCGGAAUCCCCCUCUGAUGAGGAGGAUGAACCUUCCCAGUCAUCCAACCAGGCCUCUGAUGGUUCUCCUGGCAAGCCACCACAGGGGCCACCCCAGGGGCCAGAUGGAUCUGGCUCUGACCCCAGAGACCCACCCAAGGAUGGAGGCAGCAAUUUCUCCCGUAAAGCAGACUUAGCUUUGGAACCAAACCCUUCUGACCACCCAAGAGCAAGCACAAUCUUCCUGAGCAAAUCUCAAACAGCUGUGCGGGAAAAGAGGAAGAGCGACCAUUUAAACCAUGUAUCUCCAGGGCAGCUUACUAAAAAGUAUAACUCAUGCUCAACAAUAUUUCUAGAUGACAGCAUAGUCAGCCAGCCUAAUCUUAGAACCACAGUAAAACGUAUGACCUUAGCAAUAUAUUACCACAUAAAGAACAGAGCUGCAGAUAGAUCCUUGGAUAUUUUUGAUGAGAGAUUACAUCCACUCACACGAGAAAAGAUUCCAGAGGAAUACUUCGAGCAUGAUCCUGAACACGAAUUCAUUUACAGAUUUGUUCGUACUCUUUUUAGUGCCGCACUGCUAACUGCUGAAUGUGCAGUAGUAACUUUGGUUUACUUAGAAAGGCUUUUAACUUAUGCUGAGAUCGACAUUUGCCCCACUAACUGGAAAAGAAUUGUUUUGGGAGCCAUUCUUCUUGCCUCCAAGCUUUGGGACGAUCAGGCUGUAUGGGAUGUGGACUACUGCCAGAUCCUCGAGGACGUUACAGUUGAGGACAUGAAUGAGAUGGAAAGGCACGUCCUAGAGCUACUUCAGUUUAAUAUUAAUGUUCCUUUCAGUGUGUAUGCCAAAUACUACUUUGACCUUCGCUCCUUAGCACAUGACAACAACCUGAAUGUUCUAUUCACUCCUCUUACCAAACAAAGAGCACAGAACUACGAGGCCAUUUCCAGAUUGUGUGACGACGAAUACAAAGACGUGUGUAGAGCUGCUAUGAGAAGGUCUUUCAGCGCUGAUAGUUUCAUUGGUAUUCAGCGCUCCAAUGCCAUCCUCUCUUAAGGGAGAAGUGAGGGGUUGUAACAUCAUAAACCCCUUGAAACAAAGACUGGAGAAAUAUCACCUCUCCUGCUCAGAAACCAGCAAAGUUAGUAUUUUCACCUUAAAGAAAGACAUUGAAUUCAAGAGACUCAUGGACAAGCGAAGAUUAUGCUCAUAGGAAAGAACGGGACCUCGUCAAUGUAACACGCUCUUCUGUCCUUUUUAUUGUAAACAGAGUUACAAAAACCACUCCAAAGCUAAAAGCUCCCAAUCCAUGCACAGAUAUCUGCUCCCAAUCUACGCACAGUUAUCUGAUAGCUGA